GGCGGGGCAGGGGCAGCCUCAGUUGCCAAGGCUCCCUGAGGUGAGAGGCCUUUCCUCCAGUUUAUCUCCUGCCAGCGCACUACAGCACUCCAGUAUUGUGGAUCGCCUCCAGCCUCCGUACUACGUGCCAUGACCUUACCAUAUGUCAUGACUCCAUUGGGCUUCGGCUUCUGCUCCCCAAGUCUUCUCCUCACCGGACAAGUUUUGCUGGUGGUGACCCAGGCGGAUCCCAUUGCGGAGUGGGUCCAGAACCCAGUUCGUUUGACUUCAGAGCCCUGGGUGCCGACCAAACUCUGGUCUUUGCACCACUCUGAUCAACCACCCAAACCCCUGAAAGUUCAUACAUCCCAAGCAGGCGCAAGGGCCUUUGAUUACCAGGGCUCCUCUGCUCCCUCCCAGGUGUUCUCCCCACCUCAGGAAUUGAAGGACAGUUUUCUUUCAUUCCAAGCUGUGGAUACCUCUACGGAGCCUCACCCAGAGUCAGAUCAGUUCACUGUUUCAUAUCAGCACUUGGCCAACCAAAUGACUCCACCCAGGAAGCUCCAGGAGAACAUCUUAAAGCCAAAAGGGGAUCAAAAUCAGUCUCCACAAGUCAAAAGUAGUUCCAGUCUAGAGCAGGCUGCAGAUGACCAGUUAUUUGAAACACUUGUUCCAUCACUAGUCAGUGAGAGUUCAAGCGUAACAAAGUUCAGAGCCUCACCCCAGAACUUAAAAAAAGACCAAGUUCAGCACAGGUCACUUGCUAAGGCGAUUGUCAGAACUACAAAACAAUUUACAAAAUCUCAACUCCAAAAAAAAACUGUGGAGAAUGAGUAUAGGGAAUCAAAUCUGAAUGAAGCUUAUUCUAAUGGCUUGCCUCUGCAACCCCAGGUAAACAGAGAGGAGCCUCCAGAGCCUUCUGAACUGAUUGAACAGCCUGAAUACCUGCUGGGGGCACAAACUCGAGAUUCAGAGAAUCUCCAUAUGGUCCAAGAAAGCCCGGAUCGUCUCCCGCUGCUCCCUGAGGAACAUGAGAAGGAAGAACCAGUUCAACAGCAUUUUGCUUCUGGGAAAGUUGUAGUAUUAAAGCGUCCUGACAUGAAUGUUCCCUCUGCAAACGGAAAUGAAGCGCAUCACUCCAACUUGGCAAAUGUCACAGUGAAGCCUGUAGACCUGGAGGUUACACUAAUAUCAGAGGCAGAUAAGAAAACCCAACAGCAGCAGCAGGCCCCGGGCCAUCUUCCAGCGAGUCCUGAGGAGGUAGGACCUUUGUCAACCCAACAAGAUACCCUGGUACAGUUUUCAGAGGAGCCUGAUGAGAUAGAAAGUUCAUUAACUCAACAGGAGGCCACAGCUCCAAAUCCAGAGCUCUCCGAGGAGCUGGAACCUUCAUUAGUCAGACAAGAGGCCCUAGGUGAGUCUUUAGAACUCCCUGAAGACCUUGAAACAUCUGGUAGCCAGCUAGAAGUUCCAGCACUACCUACAAAGCCCUCUGAAGAAGUCAGUCCUCCAAUUGAGGAAGAGGCUACUCCAGAACCCUCUGUGCCAAGAAUAAUUGAAACUCCAGCAGCAACAGCUUCGCAUCUCAGUCAGGACCAAGUUCACCACUAUACUUUGCCCCUGAUUACAGCCAAACUCACUUCCAAACCUUUUAAGGAGGCUAAGACGUCUCCAGUUCAGAAAGAGACUUCAACUCGGACUCUGGGUUCUCGUAUGAAAGCUGGACAUUAUGGCCUAGAAGAGCAGCCAGAUGAACCUUCGGAAUCUUCUGGGGAGGAUGAAUCACCUGAAAGGUAUCUGGAAUCCCUAACUCGGACUCCAGAGGAAGAGGAGGAAGAGUUGGAAGAGGAGGAGGAGGAGGAGUUUUCUCUAGCCCAACAGGACACCUCAUCACAACAUCCAAGUCCUUUUCUGGAGGGUGACUCUUCCAUUGAACUAGAGCAGCCAGUUCAACCCUCUGAAUUUCCUGAGGAAGCUCCAGAGUUCCCUUUUGAGACUGUAGUUGAAAUGCCACCAAUUCAUGAAGUCCGGCCAGCUCCAAAUAAAGCAUACUAUUAUCAUUUGCCCAACAUCACAGUUAGACCUGUGGAUUUGGCACUUACCAUAACCUCAGAGCCUACCCAGGAGACCAAGCCUUCUCUGGCCCAGCAGGAGUUCUCAGUGCAUCCUUCAGAGUAUACCGAAGAGGGGGAUUCUUUUCUCUAUGAGCAGGAACAGCGGGUUCAGCCUUCUGAGCUGGAAAGUCUAACUCAAGCCUCAAGGCAUCAUCAAUUGACAAUUUCACCCUCAACUCACCAUCAAACUCACCACUCAAGCUCGCCCACUGCAAUUGUUCAACCUUCAGAUGUGCAGGUCACCAUAAUACAAAAUCCUGCCGCAGUGGUGGAAUCUCCCCCAGUGCUUCGUGAGGUUAUAGGUAAAUCAGUUGCAGUCUCGGACAAGGGUGUGAACCCUUCCACAACUCAGCACGCAGAUCCAGCUGUCGCUCCAGAGCCUUCCAAAGAAGUCGCACUCUUGUCAAAUCAAGAGGAGGCUCCAGUUCAAUCUACAGAACUUGUUCAGUAUGAGAAGCCUUCUCUAAGCCAGCAGGAGAACAUAAAUGAGAAUGCAGAGCUCCUAGAGGAAGUUGAACCUUCUUCAGUCCAGCAGGAGACCCCAACGAAUCCUCUAGUGUUCCCUUAUGAGAUGAUAGUUCAACCGUCAGCACACCAUGAGGCAGCAGGUCCUCCCCUGAUUCAUCCUCAACUUCACCAUCCCACAUCACACGGGGUCACAGCUAAGCCUCUAGAGCUGUUUAACGAGCUUGAAACUUCAAGCCAACAGGUAUUUGAACCUUCAAAAGACCAGCAAGAAGUUACAAGUCAGUAUCCAACGGCCCCUGGAAAUCAUCAAGCUUCUUCAGUUUAUCAAGAGGCCCUAACCCAGCCUGCAGAGCUUCUUGAGGAAGUCUCUUCAGGUCAGCAGGUUAACUUGUCUCCACCCCUAAAGCACCCUCCAGAUGUGCAGUCUUUACCAUUUCAGCAAGAACUCCCAGAUCAGCCUCCAGAACCACCCAAAGAGGGUUUCUUUCUUUCUCCAGUAGCAGAUACCCUGUUCUUUUCACCUGACGAUUUAGAAGCAAUGUUCAGAUACGAGCACUCAAUACUGAGUACAACCACAAUUGCACACUCCAGCCAAGCAUACAGCAGAGCGCCAGAGCCCUCUAUGGAAAUUGAAUCCCUUCAGGAUCAGGAGGAGGAUGUUGUUCCUAUACCUAUAAUUCCCACUGAACAAAUCGAGUACUCACAAACACAAUUUGAAUAUCCUUCCUACACAUCAGAAUUCCCUGAAACUCAAUUUUCUGGGCAAAACUCCAUAGCUCAGAAAACAGACCUCCACGAAGAGGCUUACCCUUUUCCUACUCAGCAGAGUGUCCUGUAUCUACCUCCAGAUUCCAUGCUGGGUACAGAGCCUUCUCCAGCUCAGCACAUGAGCUUCACUCAACUCGAAGACCUCUCUGAGAGCGUAGGACCCUUUCUAGUGCUACAGCCCACCCCUGCACAGGCUUCAGAACCUCCACAGGAAAUAGUUUUUUCUCCAACCCAGCAAGUGGGCCUAUACCAGCCUCCAGAGUCAAUGAACAAUAUUGUAAUUUACACUCCAACACAGCAAAUGAUAGUCCCAGCUCCAGGUCAGAUUCAAGUGGAGUAUCAAACAGCGUCCACUGUCUCAUUUCAGGCUUUGCACCUGGGACUCCCCGUAACUUCACAGUAUAGUCCAGAGGCCGACCACACUAUGGAACCAGAGAGUAUGCCUCCUCUAACAUAUCCUCAGGUGAUAUUUCCAUACCCAACUGAAGUCACAGUUCAACCUCUGGAUCUGGGACCCACCGUUACUCUACAGCCAAUUUCUGAGGAACUUCAUCAAACUAUGCCAGAGACCACAACUCAGAUUACAGAACUACCUGAAGAGGUUGUGGCUCCAAUAUAUCAAGAGGGGACAGUUCUAACACCAGGUGAGGAUCAAGCUGAGUAUCCAACUUCACCCACUGUCUCAUUUCAGCCUUCGGACCUAGAACUCACCAUAAGUUCAGAGCCUACAAGAGAGACUCAGCAGCCUAUGACUGCAAUGAAGGCUACGGUUCCUUCUCUAGAGAAUCCGCAGAUCCAAAUUCAACACUCAAACCCAACUGAAGUCACAGUUCAACCUCUGGAUCUGGGAUUUACCUUAACUCCACAGCUAACUCCUGAGGAACUUCUUCAAACUAUGCCAGAGACCACAACUCAGAUUACAGAAACAUCUACAGAGGUUGUAGCUCCAGUAUAUCAAGAGGUGACAGUUCCAACUACAAGUCUGGAUCAAACUGAGUAUCCAACUUCACCCACUGUCUCAUUUCAGCCUUUGGACCUAGAGUUCACCAUAAGUUCAGACCCUACAAGAGAGACUCAGCAGCCUAUGACCACAAUGAAGGCUACGGUUCCUUCUCCAGAGAAUCCGCAGAUUCAAAUUCAACACUCAAACCCAACUGAAGUCACAGUUCAACCUUUGGAUCUGGGAUUUACCUUAACUCCACAGCUAACUCCUGAGGAACUUCUUCAAACUAUGCCAGAGACCACAACUCAGAUUACAGAAACAUCUACAGAGGUUGUAGCUCCAGUAUAUCAAGAGGUGACAGUUCCAACUACAAGUCUGGAUCAAACUGAGUAUCCAACUUCACCCACUGUCCCAUUUCAGCCUUUGGACCUAGAGUUCACCAUAAGUUCAGACCCUACAAGAGAGACUCAGCAGCCUACAACCACAAUGAAGGCUACGGUUCCUUCUCUAGAGAAUCCACAGAUCCAAAUUCAACACUCAAACCCAACUGAAGUCACAGUUCAACCUUUGGACCUGGGACCCACCAUUACUCUACAGCCAAUUUCUGAGGAACUUCAUCAAACUAUGCCAGAGACCACAACUCAGAUUACAGAAACAUCUACAGAGGUUGUAGCUCCAGUAUAUCAAGAGGUGACAGUUCCAACUACAAGUCUGGAUCAAACUGAGUAUCCAACUUCACCCACUGUCCCAUUUCAGCCUUUGGACCUAGAGUUCACCAUAAGUUCAGACCCUACAAGAGAGACUCAGCAGCCUACAACCACAAUGAAGGCUACGGUUCCUUCUCUAGAGAAUCCGCAGAUUCAAAUUCAACACUCAAACCCAACUGAAGUCACAGUUCAACCUUUGGAUCUGGGAUUUACCUUAACUCCACAGCUAACCCCUGAGGAACUUCUUCAAACUAUGCCAGAGACCACAACUCAGAUUACAGAAACACCUACAGAGGUUGUGGCUCCAGGCCUUCUCUAUCAGAAGAUGACAGUCCCAACACCAGGUCAGGUUCAAGAUAAAUACUCAACAGUACUUCAGCGUAUGGACCUGGAACCCACAAUAGCUUCGCACUCCACUAGAGAGGCUGAACAUUCUACAACCCCGGUGAUGACGACAGUUCCUCCCCCAAAGUACUCUCCGAUGACACUUCCAGAACAGGUUCUCUUUCAGCAUUCAAACACAGCAGGAGUCACAGUUCAGCCUUUGGAUUUGGGACUUCCCAUAACACCACAGCCUAAUACUGAGGGAGAACUUUCUCAAACUACACAGGAUAGCACAACUCAGCCUAUAGAGACAACAAAGGGAGCUGUAGCUCAGGCCCCAGUCUAUCAGGAAGUGACACUUGCAACAUCUAGUCAAAAUGCAGUUGAGUAUCCAACUUUCCCCAUCAUCACAUUUCAGCUUUUGAACCUGGGUCUCACCAAACAUCUAGAGCCUGCCAGAGAGGCUCACGAUUUUACAGUCUUGAAGGAGACUACAAUUCUUCCUCUAAAGAACCCUCAGGUAACACUUCCAGAACAGGUCCACACUCAGCAUUCACACCAGAGUGAAAUUACACUUCUACCUCUAAAUCCGGAACUCAGCAUGUCUCCACAACCUACUCCUGAGGUAGAACUUUCUCAAACUGUACAGGAGACAAAAGCUCAGUCCUCAGAUCGAGCUAAGGAGGUUGUCACUCCAGCACCAGUGUACCCAGAAGUGACAGUUCAAACACCAGGUCAGGAUAAAACUGAGUUUCCAAUACUGCCUUCUGUCUCAUUUCAGCCUUUGGACCUGGAACUCGCCCUAAGUUCAGAGCCUACAACCUCACAUGAAAUUACAGUUUCUCCUCCACAGUACCAUCAGAUGACACUGUCAGAACCAAGUUCUAUUCAACAUCCAAAUCUAACUGACGUUACAGCCCAACCUAUGACUCUGGAAUUUUCUGUAAUUCCAAGUCCCAAUCUCAAUGUUGAGACUUCUCCACAUAUACAGGAGACAUUUCCUGAAGCUGAACCACCACCAGAGGAGGUUACAGCCAAGGCUCCAGUGUUUUAUGAAAUACCACCAAUUCAGGAUCAAACUCCGCAUCUGGCUUCUCCUAAAGUCACAGUUCAACAUAUAAAUGUAGAGCGUAGUGUAGCUCCACUAUCCGGUGUGGAGACUGAACUUUUGACAGCUGCGCAUAGUAUUAGAGCUCUUCCUUCAAAGGACUAUGUGGUGACCCUUCCGCCUGAAGACCAGGUUCAUGCUCACCAUGAAAACCCAACUCAAGUCACCAUUCAUCCCUCACACCUAGAGUUUUCCGUAGCUCCACAACCAGCUACAAUGGUUAUACAUUCUACACCAGUUCAGUCUAUAGAGUCACCUAAGGAGACUGUAGCUCACUCCCCAGUACACCCCAAAAUGACAGUUCUAGCAAUGGUUCACGGUCAGUCUCAGCAUCCAAACUCAGAGGCUAUACAAUCGGAAAUCUCAGCAGCCACUCCUCCAGAGACUACACAUUCCAUAGUCCUAACAACUCCUCAUCCAGAGACUAUAUAUUCUACAGUCCCAACAACGAUGGCCCCUCUUUCAACACACUAUGAAGCCAUGCUUCCACUGCCGUAUGAGGUUCAGACUCAGCAGCCAAAUCCAACUGAAGACACAACUUGGCCUUCACCCAUAAACCAACAAUCUUUCAUAAUGCCAGAGUCUGUUACACUAAUAAACCUUUUUGCAACUAUGCCUGAGCAAAACCCAAGUGACAUCACACUUGAACCUAUGGAUCAUGAACCUAUCAUAACUCCAUAUGAUGGAGAUUUCGAUACAGAAAGAGAUUUAUUGUUUCAAAUUAAACCAAAUGUCUCCACGAGCACCGACGUCUGUGACUUCUGCCUGUGUGAAAAUCACACGCUAUUGUGUGUUCAUCUCAGCCCAAUGCAGAAACUCCGCCAGGUGCCUGUGCCAAGGCCCAACACCUACAAGGGCACCCUAACUGUUUUAAAUUUCCAAGGAAAUGCUAUUUCUUACAUUGACAAAAAUUCCUGGAAAGCAUACCGUUGGGUUGAGAAACUAAUUCUCAGUAAAAAUCACCUGACUGAAUUGCAUAAGGAUUCAUUCGAAGGCCUGCUGUCCCUCCAGGUUUUGGAUUUAUCUUGCAAUAAAAUACAUUACAUUGAAAGAAGGACAUUUGAGUCAUUACCUUUUUUGAAGUAUAUAAGCCUUGAGUGCAAUUUGCUCACUGAACUGAGCUUUGGAACAUUUCAAGCAUGGCAUGGAAUGCAGUUUUUACAGCAGCUGAUCCUCAACCGUAACCCUCUGACAGUUGUCGAAGAUCCUUUCCUUUUUAAGUUGCCAACGUUAAAAUAUCUGGACCUGGGGGCCACACAGGUGCAACUGACAACAGUUGAGAACAUCCUCAUGAUGACUCUGGAGCUGGAACAUCUGAUCUUACCUAGCAACAUGGCCUGCUGCCUCUGCGAAUUUAAAGUUGAUAUUGAGGUUAUCUGCAAGACAAUCAAACUGCAUUGUAACACUGGAUGUUACACUGGAUGGACAAACACCACACAUUGUCCUACAGCAUCUAUAAGGAACCCAGAAGGAACAUUCAUGAAGGUGUUGCUGGCCCGGAAGGAGAAUACCAGAGCCGAGCUCACUAUUGAACCAGAAAGGGUCCACUCAGACAGAAAUGAUCCUAGCUCUUCAGGCCUCAUGAAUGAGCAGCUUGACUUUAACGAUGAAAGUGAUGUUAUUAGUGCCCUCAAUUACAUAUUACCGUAUUUCUCGGAGGGGAAUCUGGAAGAUGUGGUGUCGACAUUGCUACCAUUCAUUAAACUCUUGUUUUCUAAUAUACAGAAUGGAGAUAAUCCACUGGGACCCUUCCAAAACGACACAAAGAGCCUUACUCUUAAAUCAGUACCUAAGUCGCCUAACAAAAAUAAAGUGAAUAAGCUUUAUUUUCUAGAAAAUCUGCUAGAUGCAGAAAUUGAUGAUGUGAGAGAGAAAGAGAAAACCGCCAUGCUUGUGCAGCCGGCGAGCCAUUUAGAUCCCAAAUUCAAACGAGGAAUAUUUGAAAAGAGGUGGGAACCUGCCCGGGCAGAGGAAGACAGUCUUGCAGAGAUCGAGAAGGCAGAGAGACGGCUCCUCAGCAUGAACAGGGCCCCCGAGGGGACAGGAAGCUUAAGGAAGAGGCACUUCAAGGAGGUGAGAGUCAAGAGCCUGGGGAGCAAGCAGAGCGCCCAGACACCUGUGGAGAACAGCGCCAAGGACAGACACCUGUGGAGAACAGCGCCAAGGACAGGCAGCCCAGCCUCAGUGGAGCUGCAGCAGCUCCAUCUGGAGCAGAAGCCCAGGGUGUUAGUGGAAAAUUCCUUCCCUUCAGAGCCCUUACUCGCAAAGGAUCAUGGGAAGGAACUCUCUUCCUCCCUAGGACCGGCCCUGGUGGACAAGGCUCCUGCUCCAAAAUCGCUACCUGAGUUCCUAGACAGACGGAAAGACUUGUCUUACACCAUUUUUGUUUUAGAAAGUGCAAAUGCUAAUGUGAAGAGAGCAAAGGGUUCUAACCCAAAUUUACAACCUGAAGAGAGACGUGGAAACCUUAGGAAGAAAAAAUCUCAUUUCCAGUUGAUUGCAAAGAGGCCGGUGGCAGCAUCGUCUGCAGUGAGGAGCCUGGUAAAUUCCCCUGCACAAGGGGUCUUGUCAUCUUUAGGCAACCUGAGUUACCCAGAAAGGCCCUUUUCAGAAUCAUAUACGGCUUCACAGCCUUCUACAGAAAAGCCUCUGGAAGAAAAUCAGGCGGCAACAGAUAAUGUUAAAGAAAAUAUUCUCAAACUAACCGUCACUGUGCCUGCAGAAAUUAAAUCAGAAAAUAAACCUCGUGAGAAACCUACUACAGGUUCUAUUGUGUCUACAUCCAGCUUAGUUCCAACCGUUCAGCAAACCAGCAAGCCACAGUCAGACUUCACUGUGGGGUCUGAUACGCAUGCUCCUUCCACAGAAGCUGCUCACCCAUCGCUCAUGUCACCAGGAGAACAGUUUGAAUCCCAUCUAAACCAGCAACUGCGGCCCCUCAUCCCCAACAACGAUGUGAGAAGGCUCAUCUCCCACGUUAUCAGGACUUUGAAGAUGGACUGCUCUGACACUCGUGUACAACUGGCCUGUGCCAAGCUCAUCUCCAGAACAGGCCUCCUGAUGAAGCUUCUCAGUGAGCAGCAAGAUUUCAAGUUGUCCAGGACUGACUGGGAUACAGACCAGUGGAAAACCGAGACCUACAUCAACGAGAGCACAGAAGCGCAAGGUGAACAGAAGGGUCUGGAACCAAGUCAGCUCACCAAAGCAGUUCCGGGAUAUGGCUACAACAACAAAGUCAUCUUGGCAAUAUCUGUGACCGUCGUCGUGACCGUUUUGAUUAUCGCUUUCUGUCUCAUUGAGGUUUAUUCUCAUAGAGCAGCAAAAGAGGGAGAUGAAGAAAAGUUCUUAAGGAGUAAGAAAUACUACUGCAGGACCGAGAUGCAGGAUGGGUUUUUCUGGAUAAGGUGCCCACUGUGGCUUAGGGACAUGUAUAGGCCUCUGCAUGACACCCGAAAGAAAAACAUGGCCCAGGACCUACAGGACAAGGAGUCCUCUGGAGAGGAGGAGAUUUUCAACAAGGAUGUACCAGGGGAUGUCAAGAAAGAAGCCUUGGAGGUGGCAAAACCGUCCACAGAAGAGAAUGAAACUGUCGGACCGUCAGAAUGAUCUGCUAUCAGUUAUUAAUAAAUUAUUUUUUGUAGA